AUGCAAGGACAAACUCGAAGUCGAUUAUGCUUGGAUAGUGCAAUUUUUGAUCCAUGUGAUAAGUUGACAGAAUUAACAUCUUUUGAGAAAGCAACACUUUUGUCAUGGUCAUCUGAUAGCAACGUCGACAAAGGUCUUAAUUUGUAUAUUUUAUUGCAUUUUAUGUCUGCUAUAAAUAGCAAUUCAUAUUAUUAUCAUUACGUGAACAAUGGAAGUCCUGAUGGAACAAAUAUGUUUGGACAUGUUAUUGGUACAUCAGGUAGUGGAAAAUCAUCGGCAUUAACUCCUCAUAUGGAUGCAUUAAAUCGAACACUGUCUCAAAUGGACAUAAAUCAAGAAUAUUUUCAACAUCCAAAUAAAAGUAUUGAUUUAUUAUUUGAGCAACCAUUUAUUGUUUCAAAUUCAACAGCACUUCAAGUAUUUCGAAGUUUAUUAUAUGGCAAUCGUUUAUUGUGUUCGACCGAGUGCGAUACGUUACUAUCAAAUUUGGGUGUUUAUGGCAAUAAAUAUAAUGAUCCUCGGUUUUCUGAAAAUGUCAAUAUGCUUAUUCAAAUGUUCGAUGGAACUAAACAUCAGAAUCGAGCUACUCUUUCUACAUCAUACAAUAUUCCAGAAGGAAGACGUGCUUCCAUUAUUGGUGCAAGUGUUGGUGAUCCUUACGCACGGGUAUCACAACAACAUUAUGAAGCACAUGGUGUUAGUGGUGCUCAUAAUCGAUUUACUCAUUAUCCGUGUCCUGUAAUGAAAGCUAUCAAAACAAAUUCUGGUACUAGUGGUGUAAUAUCGAACAUGGUACCAUCACUUCAACAUGUCUAUACAGUAUCUUUUUUACUUGGAAAAAUUGAAUAUAUUGCACGACAAAAUGUUUAUGACAAGUGGGGAAAAAAAGAAUCAAAUGUAAUUAAUUCGGACGUUGAAGAGAAGUGGAAACGAUUACGACCUACUGCCAAUCGACAAUACCAUCAUUCAUCAUCAAAAAUUGAAAUUGAACUCGAAGAACCUGAAAGUGAUUCAUCUUAUGAACAUAGCAAAAGUGCUCACUAUUACAUGUUUAAUCGAGUUUACGAUCAAUGGAAAGAAGCAACAGAAACAGAAAAACAAGAACAUGAAGCUAUCAUUAGCUUUAAAAAUUCCGCCAAAAUUCCUCGUUUUAUUUGUAAUUUUGCUCGUUUUCGAGCGGUUAUGGAUAUUUUGUGGGAUGAUGAUGUAUAUCCAUUUAUUGAAAUAUCAGAAGUCAUGAAAUCACCAUAUCGUGUUUCUAAUGCUUUCGUCGAAGCUGUCAACAAGAUUAUCGACAAGCGAUUUCCAGCACAUUUACGUAAAGAUGAUGGUACAAAAAUUCUUAUCAUCGAGAAAAGUACAGCUAUGAUGGGAGAUCUAUUUUUUGGUCAUGUUGACUAUGUGUCUCGACAAUUAUUUGAUUUAUCAUCUAUCCAAGAAAAGUUCAAUACAUCUCCAGUAGUAUCUCGAUCGUUAAAAAAGUAUACUUUAAUUCACUUUAUUCCUCUGAUGUUCUUUAUUUAUAUUAGUGGUGGUAAUGUACAAGAAAAACAUGGUGAUGAACAAAAAGAACAUGGUGACGUACAAAAAAAACAUGUUGGUCGUGCAUCGGUAUACGAUGAUGUUUCAACAAUAAUUUUAUCAAAAUUUAUCUUUUUUUCAUUAUCAACCUUCAAUACUUAUAGACAAUUUCACAAUGAUAAAGAUCGAUUGUCAAGAGCAAUUGAAUAUUUGGUCGAUAAUGGAUUGAUAUAUCAACCAAAGAAUAGAGAUCGAUUUAUUAAAGGAACUCGUUCAAGUUUCGUAAUGGCUACACCUGGUCAAAUCGAACAAAAUAAUAUGGCUAUUGAAGCACUAACAGAAUUAAAGUUGAAUAUUAAUAAUUAUCGACAAUUAUGGAAACAAUGUCUUCUCUGUACGCCAGAUCUAGCAGGGAAGAUUGAUAAACCAGCAAUUAAUUAUAUUAGUUCCAAUUUAUUUGAUUUCAUUGAAAUUAUUCAUCGUUUGGGCAAUGCCAAUGAUCCUGUUGCUCAAGAAAUAUUAAAACCUAGUUUACGUAAUGGUCUAAUCGGUAUCGAUCCUGAAACAGAUACAUUUACUUUAUCACCUGUACAUGCUUUUGAAAUGAAAGAUGAUCAUUACAUUAUGAAUCAAUUGAACAAACUCUGUAUUCCAGCCAUUUCUCAAAAGAAUAAUUCUUCAAGAAAUGAAAGAAUGCCAUUGAUCCUUGAUCAUCAUCGAAGUAAUAAUUCCGAUACAAUGAUGAUCGAUUUAACUGAAUCUGAUACGGUCAAUAUGACUUCAUUAAUUAUUGAUGAUGUUCAAGAACUGCAAAGACAAUUUCAAGCAUCAAAAAUUUUUACCGAUAUUCAUCCAAAUAAAAACGAUUCAAUUAACAAUCUUAAAGAGCAAGUUUCGUUGAAUGAAAAAGACAAUUCAAUAUACGAUAUUAAUAAAUCCUUAACAACUGCAUUCAACAGUACCAUUGUAGAAGAAAUGUCCACAAAUGAUAAUAUGAAUAGUAAUGCAGCAGUUGAUGUUUCGAAUUCUGUUGAAGAUGAUUAUCCCACCGAUGGUUCUAUGAAUAUUCGUAAUAGUGAUACAAGUUUACAAUCGCAACAACAACAAAAUCUGGUUUUAUUCGGUUUAUAA